AUGACACUGAAGGUUGGAAUCAUCGGGGCCGGCAUAGGUGGCCUGAGUGCUGCCAUUGCCCUUCGACGAACAGGGGCCCAAGUUGAGGUCUUUGAGAGAUCCAACUUCAAAGAUGAAAUCGGCGCCGCCAUCACGAUAACCCCAAAUGGAAUGCGAGUCCUUCAACACUUCGGCUUUGAUCCCAAGACAGCGCGCGGUGUGCAGAAUAAGCAAAUGCGCAUGGUACAUCCGCAGACUCUUCAGGAUCUGGUCGUCGAGAACUUUAGUCAGGUUGAAGAUGACUACGGUGCGCCAUUCAUGUUCUUCCAUCGUGUGGAUCUUCAUACUGCGCUGAAAGAAAUGGCUGUGUCGGGUGAUGAGCGAUAUCCAGGUCUGCCAGUGGUAAUUCAUAAUGGACGUUCUGUGACGAGCGUUGAUUGUGAGAAGGCUACGAUUGUGCUGGAUAAUGGGGAGAUCUUUGAGAAAGAUCUUGUAGUUGUCGCCGACGGCGUUCGAACUAAACUCAUCGACGAAAUCACCCAAAAGGACGUCCCUCUCGAAGACAUCGGCUCCUCAUUCUACCGCUGUCUAAUCCCCUUCUCUGAAGUGAACAAAAGCCCCGAUCUGGAGGCAAUCUUCAAAAACCAGGAUCCGGGUUUCUGGGUCCCCUUUGACCUAUCUACCGGAACGUUCCUCGUCACGUAUCCCUGCCGCGAUGGAACGAUGCUCAACGUCGCUUUCCGUCACAAGACUAAAGCGGAGAAUGAGCAUGCAGUUGAUUGGAACACUGACACAAGUGUUCAGGACAUUACUGCUAUGGUUGGCGGGUUUAAUCCGCUGGUGGCUAAGUUGUUUAGCUUGUCUACGAGCGUUUCUGUUCAUAAACUGUUUCGCAGGGAACCUCUUGAGACGUAUACUCGGGGGAGAGCGGUGAUAAUUGGUGAUGCUGCACAUCCAAUCCAACCAACCCACGCACAAGGCGCAGUUCUUGCGAUCGAGGAAGCGGCAGCAUUAGAAGCUCUCUUCAAGGACAUGCAGAGCCCUGAAAAUGUCGUAGAGCGUCUGAGCUUGUACAAUGACAUUUUGAAACGUCGCAUCCAUGUUACUCAACUCCUUUCUGAUGCCCAGCCUGGGAUAUCUAGUGUGCUGCGAAAGCGAGCUGAAGAUAUCUGGGGAGACGGCAUCUUUCCACCUGAGGCGAUGAACUUUACGAAGCCGAUCCGGGACUUCUUUUAUGCUUGGGAUGUUAUAGAGGAGGCGGAUGAGGUAUUGGCACGUGUGGCAUAG